AUGCCAAAUCCAAUCCAACCCAACGGCCACCUCGUCAAGAACACAAAACCAAGUCCCAAGGUCCGUCCCCCUUCACCUUCUUCUUGCUCGUGCAAGCGUCAGUCCCCUUCUCUUCUUGUCCACCAGCUCGCUGUUCUUUUAAGGGCUUUUGAGGAGACAAAUUUGGCUAAAGAUUGGGUUUAUAUCUGCUGCACAGAGAUUCUGUCUGAAGCGAGAAUGGAAAAGGAAGUGCAGCAAAACGCUUUUUCAGACGAAGAUCAGCGCAUUUACGAAAUAAUUGCACGCGAUGAUGGAGAUGAAUUUCAAUCUGCUUUAGAGGGUGCAGUCAUAGUUCAAUAUUUUGGAUACAUUGUGAAACUACAGUUUGGUGAAUCUGAAUUCUGCCCAUUUGAGCUGUUGCACUGGAUUUGUUAUCAUCGUGCUGCACGGUGUGGUGCAUUAUUGCUGGAAAGAAAUGAUGGUUUGGUCAUUGACCUUAAUGUUGCAAAAAGGGAUGGUAUUUUCCCUCUUCAUGAAGCUGCCUGCUCAUUGUCUUCUUCCUUAGUUAAGUUGUUUCUUCGGCAUGGAGCUGAAGCUAAUCGUAGACUUCAUGCUAUUGAUUCGGAUAAAAGGGAACUGCUUCCUGUCCAGAUAGCACUUGAAACGUUAAGUUGUGACAACACUCUGACGGAAUGGAAGCCAAAUACAAAAGAAUCAGUCUUCGACCUGAUCAUCAUGCUUUGCUUCCCCAGAUUGCAAGAUCAACUUGAGACUGUCAGGCUGCUUGUGGCUCACACAGAAUUGCUUGAUGAGAUUGUCUGCUAUUAUGUCCUGAAGGGUGCACUUAUUGAACUGGCCAUCCUAUUGAUGGCCAAUUGGGAAAAGGUUAUGGGCCCCGUCUCAUGUCUAUGUGUGGAUGGUUCAAAAGUAGAAGUUCCAUUACGCCAUUUUAUCAGAAGCGAAAUGGCUGCAUUAUUGGAUCUAGAACACUACUUAAUGUACAGAAAAGGAGAGGAAGAGAAAAAGUUGUAUGAGUUGUCCAAGGAAAGGAAGUCAGCGAUGCUAUCUACUCUACCUUUGCUUGAAGUGUUUGAAAAGGCCGGUGAUGCUAUUGGAAAAUAUGUUCAAUCGAGGGACGUAAAUAUCCAAGAUGAACAGGUUGCCGAAGAUGUUACAAGGCUAUUUAGAGAAGCAGGUUUCAGACCAAACUCUCAAGGAAAUAGAUUAGUCACUAUGAAAAGUGCUAAGGAUGCUAUCUUGGAAGAACAAACUGAAUCGAUUGAAGAAAAAAAGGACAACCUGGGAAUUGAAUCCAGAGGAGAGACUCCUCUUAAUCCAUUGUUCCCAAAGGAGGACACCUCUACUCGCACUGAUACUGACUUCGGAGGGAAUACAUUUGACUUGGAGCUCCUAAAGAUGACACCUCUAAUUACAGCACUUGAAAAACUAAGUACAUAUAAAAGAUUGCGACAGUGGACCCCACAGCAAUCUAUAUUCAAGUUGAUUAUCAUGCUUUGCCUCCCUGAAAUGAAACAAGUGCUGGAAACUGCUCGCUUGCUUGAGUUGAACCAAAAAGAUAUCAGUGAAGCUGCUUGCUAUUUUGCAAUGAAGGGUAAAAUUAUCGAACUGGCCAUUCUAUUGAUGGUGGCAAGAGAGAAGUCUUUGGGUCCUGUAUGUGCUUAUGGGUUUGAAAAUCAUUCAAGCUCAGAAACUGCAAUCACCUUUCGUCAAUUUGUCAGGAGAGAAUUGGCAGGGUUGCUCGAUUUAGGAUUCUGUUUAAUGGGCCGAAAAGAUCCAGAGUUGGUAAGAUUAGACGACUUGUGUGAGGAAAGGGAGCAGGCAAUGCUACCUACACUACCAUUGCUUGAUGUGUUUGAGAGGGGCAGGUGCUGCUAUUGAGGUGUACCUUCAAUCAAGGCCUGAUGGCGUGGUUGAGGAACAAGUAGUCCAAGACAUGGAGAGGCUGUUUGCUGAUGCAGGUUACAAGUUGAAGUCUGAAGACAUCAACCUUAGCAGUACAGCACACAGUGCAUCAGACAAGGUGCUCUUGGAUCAACAAGACCAUCCUGUUCAAGUUUCAAAGGAUAACCAUGGUGCUUAGUUCUUAAAUGCUUUGGUGCUUAGUUUCCAUUUCAUUAAACUAAAAGUAAUUGAGAAAUUGUUCUGGCUGGUUAUGCUUUUCUUUGAUGCAGUAGAGAGAACAGAGGGUGUUUCUAAAAUAAAUUGCACCAUGCCACCUUAUUCACAACUAGGUGGUUCUCCUGAUACCUAUGUAAGAGUAAACUUGAGAAUUUUCCGUGCGUCAGAUAACCAUAUUUUACCAUUUGAAGUGCUUAUCUUACCAUGUGUGGAAGUUAUUAUAUUGAACUGAAGUAGAUAGGUGUUCAAGUCAUACGCAUCCCGUGAUUUAUUGCAAACCCUUAGGGACAGUUUCUUUAUUUUGUGUUUCAUGGCCUUUUUAUGCUAUUGUCCUUUUCUUCUACAUAUGUUAUUGAUUGAACGUUUAGAAUUAUUUUGCUUGUUUUCAAAUUUAAUUUCAUAGUUGCGUGGGACUGACUGAUAAAAUCUGCUGUGUCUCCCCCCAUCCAAAAAUAAAAAAACCCUGACCCAUAAAUUCGUUUGUUUGGGUGAAAGUCAAUGCUUGGGUUGAACAAUCACCUGCAAAGGUUUAUUUUUGCUCAAAACCGUUGGCGUCCCUCUGCUUUCUCCUCAAACAUUCAGCACUUUCACACAUGCUCAACAAAGGCCAGCUUGUCAUUUGGUUUAGCCAAACCGUGGGAGGUGAGGCAGCACAAAAUUGCCCAAGCAGAACAGAACAUGCAGAAAGUUUCAACAAAAUGGUUGUCCGCCUUUGUAUUAUUAGUCAAGAGGGGGCUUAAAUGCUUAUGAUUCUCCCUGCUCUUAAGUUGGUGUAAAGUUCGAAGAUUUUUGGUCGGUAGGAUGAAUCAAGGAUGCGCUACACAACUUAGGGAUUUAGUCUAUCUGCAGGUUUGCAAAAGUCAGGAGUACGUAGCUUGUAAAUAUGUGGCAAUUACUUUUGGCUUAUCACUAGUAGUUAGCUGGUGGAACUUGAGGAAUAUCUGCAUGACCAUCUAAAUUCUCAUUUCAGAAUAUUAGAUCUGUGAGUUCCUUUGCGUUCUAGUAUUAUACAAGUACAAUGGCAAGUUGACUCAGAUGGAAAACCCAAUUGUUAGUUCACAGUCACACAUUUAUUUUUCAA